CGAAGGAGCCAGCGCCGCCCUCGCGCCCGCGCGGUUGUCAGGGAGAAGCAAGAUGGCGGCAGCGACGGCGGAGGAGGACACGGAGCUGCGGGACCUGCUGGUGCAGACGCUGGAGAGCAGCGGGGUGCUUAAUAAGAUCAAGGCAGAGUUGCGAGCAGCUGUUUUUUUGGCAUUAGAAGAACAAGAGAAAGUUGAGAACAAAGCACCUCUGGUAAAUGAAAGCUUGAGAAGCUUUUUAGGUACAAAAGAUGGUCGCCUGGUGGCAGGCCUUGUUGCAGAAUUUCUACGGUUUUUCAAUCUUGAUUUUACAUUAGCUGUUUUUCAGCCUGAAUCAAGCACACUAAAUGGCCUCGAUGGUCGAGAAAACUUAGCUCGAGAUCUGGGAAUUAUAGAAGCAGAAGGUACUGUGGGUGCUCCCCUGUUGUUGGAGGUUGUUAAAAAAUGUCAGCAGACAAAGAUUUCGGGCAGUGGAGAAGUGGCUUUAGUUCUAAAUGACAGCCUGUGCCCCACAUCAAAAUCAUCUGAUGGAAGAUCAAGUACGCACUCUAUACCAAAUAAGACUGCUGAAACUACUCAAAGUGAUACAAGUGUCUCCUCAGGGGAAGCAAGCAAAAGAAGCAUUCAUUUUCUGCCUAAUGAAACAAAACUAGAUUCUGAACUAGAAAACAAAGACUUAAAUACCAAAGAAAAAAGCGUGGAAGAAGAUGAUGUAGAGGGAGAUUCUUUUUUUGAUGAUCCCAUACCCAAACCAGAAAGAACUUAUGGCUGGAAAACUGAAGCUAAUAAACCAGGAGGUCUAGCAUCCCUUUCUGAUGCACCGCCUCUAAAAAGUGGAUUAAGCUCCCUGACAGGUGCACCUUCACUAAAGGAGCCUGAUAAUUUCAAUAGAAACUCUGUUUUGAAAGACCUGCGGUUGGUGAAUGCAAAACUGGGAUCACUAGAAUUAGGAAAUGGAGGUGACGAUGAGUAUGCUGAUGACUUCAACAGUACUAGUCAUCGCUCAGAAAAAAGUGAUAUCAGUAUUGGUGAAGAAAUUGAUGACUUUUCUGUGGGAACAGAAGAGAGUAAUACCAGUGAUAAACUUGAAGGCAUCACACAAGACCUUACGAUUUCUCAGUUAAGUGAUGUUGCGGACUAUCUAGAAGAUGUGGCAUAGAAUUGGACAGCAAAACUGUUUCAUUGUGCUGGACUAGAAGACUGCUGUGGACUGUUGAUUUCAGACAAUCACUUUUAGCUGGAAUGUCCACUCCCGAUUUGUGCCUUGUGUUUCAAAAAGACUGUACAUGGAGAAAGCUUUUAAAUAUUCUUGACAAGAACUAAGUGAAAUAAUGCGUUCCCAUUUGAGUCUGAUAUCAAAAUUAUUUUAUUUGGUUCAGCCAAACCAUUUACAGCAGGAGGUAGAUUUUCCAAGCAGAAUGUCCAUUGCUGGCAGUGGGCAUAAUAAAAACCAAUUGAUUAGAGAACAUCUAUAGAGAGGCUUGUGGCUUUAUAAUGAACUUGUGCUGUUAUUGUAACAGUCUGCUUUUUUUUUUUUUUUUUAAAGAUAACCAAAGCAAGAACCUUCAGAGGUAGUGGUUCAACUCAUGCUUUUAACACAAUUUUGUCAAGUCAGCAUGUAAUACAUGCUUACAGUAACUCUAGCCACAAUACCUGAUUGCUCCAGACGUACUGGAAGCUGCUCGUUUUCAGACUCUUCUGAAAGUUAGGCUUGUUUUUUUAUUUAAGAAGGCAUAUCAAGUUGAGAGUAUCUAAACUCUCAAAUCUAAAUAUAGCUAAAUUUAGGAGCUAAAUUUAGCACUAGUCUUAACUCCGAAUAUUCUUGUUCAAAUAUGUUUGUCAGACCAUUGAUGUUAAGACUUGAUCUGUUUUCAUACAUGAUGAUUUCAUUGAUGUUAUCUGUUGUUAAAUCACAAAAUGUAAUUUUGUAAGGAUCCACAAAUAAUUAACUAAAUCUUGUUGGGUUUUGUUAAGUUUUUAACAGUGUGGUAGUGGUUUGUGGAGCUUUCAUUUUUGAGAGCUCUUCACGUGCUGUAAGCUCACUUUCAUUCUUAAAAGUCCUUAUUAUGUAAAAAUGAGCACCAAAAAGUGAAACCACUAACCAUCUGUUUUUCAGAUUCUAACUGCUGUACAGAAUUAAGUACAAAUACUUAAAAACACCACAAUGAAGACAUUAUGGACACUUAUCUAGCUAAGAGCAGAUUCUUGUAUUUUCAUUAUAUUCUUGCAAAUCAGGGUCAGUAAUGGAAACACUGACAGUUCUUUAAUGGUACUGUUUUACACGGCGCUGCUCGAAUAUAUAGGUCACGGACAUUUGUAAUACUGGAAAAAGACUUCAAAAUGUGCACUUUCUGAACAUUGUGAACACAUUUGGAAAAUAUACAUGUAUGUGAAUAUCAAUAACUUAAUUUUUUUUUUGUAAGGUUUUGUAAUUUUUUUCAGAAACACUGUUGGCCUCUCAGCAAUGAUCAGCACAGUGGAAGUAGCAUGCUAAACUAAAGCCAUUGGAUAAGCAUAUAGAGCUGCUACUAGCAUUGAGUGCUGACUUAAAUCUCUUUUUGCACUGGGCCAGCUGGCAUGGAGCAGUGCUGAGAAGUUAGCCUUGUACAGUACAUAAGGAAUUUGAGAGGAGAGAGGAAAUGUGUGCCUUUUAUUUAUGUGCACCCCAAAAUAGCCAGCAAAAAAGCAUCAGAAUAUUAAGUCAUGGUGUUAACUUCUAACUUUGUGCCAUAUUGUAACAGCCAAACACAGAGGAAAAUUGUUCACCCCCCAAAAAUCAAAUGUGCCAUAGACUUCAAACAACAACAGUGUUGUAACAUAUGAUGCAUUCUGUGUAAGAGUUUUAUUAAGUAUGAGGGAAGCUGUGCCUCAAGACUUUGUGUGAAAAGUUUGGUUUGGGCUUGCUUUUUUUUUUUUUCUUUAAGAGUAACAGCGUGUCUGAAGAAAAUAAAUUCUACUUGAAUACCUGGGACUAAUUGAUUUCUGGCAUUCAUUUUUAAGACUUAUAGAACAAUGUAGACAGUGUUGUUUGAUUUUGUUUUGGUUUUUUUUUACGUGUCUUGAGAGAACGUUUUCUGUUACUUGUUAGCUGUAGGAUAUGUGGCAACUUAUCAUACCAAAAAAAGAAAAACUUUAUUAAAUGAUUACUAAUUGCAUUUGAAGAUGCGGCCUUUUAAAUAGCCAAUUAGAUAUUUUAAGUGUUAACAUCAGUUUUAUUAGCAGCAAAGUGUUCUGUUACCUUGGGGGUUAAUUGGAGACCUUACCCUUUGGCUCUGGCUCUUAUUUAAAAAAAUACUAAAAAGCGUUCAAAGUCUCCAUGCUGUUCCUCCUGUGCGCUUUACUGAAUUGUGUAUAAUAAUUCAAAUUGCAAAAUAAAGCUCUUAUGCUGGCUAACUUGUAUUUUUGUGACUUCUUGUAUCAAAAUAUCUUAACAUUUAGGAAGUUCAGGAAACAUGUUAGUUAAUCAGAGUUAGUCCAGUCUGCAGUUGAGAAUGUGUGCCUGCUCAGGGUUUCUUCCAAGCCCAAAGGAACAUUCAGAUCUUGAUGGUGAAUUUUAAAGAUUGAUUAAGACCAGACUUAAUAGGGUUACUGGGUAUCAGUCUGAGUUGUCAGAUGGUCUAUGAUUCAACAGACAGGAAAGAAAAAAUCCAAUCUUGUUUGGCAAUGUUUUGUCUUGUUUACCAAGGUUAGAUUUACUCACUCAAAACAUGUCUGACAAGCUAAGCUCUCUUGAAUGCCCAACUUGCUGUAUAUUACAAACCAUAUUGUUCAGUAUUUUACAUUAGGUUUCUCCCUAAAGGGCCUAAUGCAGUUGAAUACCAAACCUUGCGUGUCUGUUAA